AGAGAUUUGAGCCCUCGCUUCUGUUACUGCUGCCCUGUCGCUCUGUCUUUCCUCUUCACUUUCUCCUCUGUCUGUCUCGUGUGAGUGGUAAACUGGGCAGGAUGAUACCAGAACAACAGAUCGUCCAACUGAAAGAGUUGAUGCUCUAGAGAAACCUUGUGGGACUUUGCAAAGAAAACAAGCAGCCCUUCAUAACCUCUGGACUCUGAAACACAGCUGACUUGUGUUUUUUCUCCUCAUCAUCCCCUGCAUUUUGCUUUCUGUACAUUUUCUCUCUUCUCUCCCACUUUAUGGCAUUUUCUGCAAGUGUUUUUUUCAACUUUUGCUUUGCUACUUUAAGAUGAGGGGGAUACUGAUGUGUGAAGCUCUUGUAUUGCUCACGUUGCUACUGACUUCAGUGGAUGCCAAAGGAACUCUCUAUGGAAGUACAUACAGAUACAAUCUGCACAAGGCUGGGGGCGUCCCGCAGUACAACCCUGGAAAGCCAAUGGGUCAUCAUAAGAACUUCUGUGCCUAUGUCGUUCAGAAGAAUGUCACCUGUGUGAUGCAGGAUGGAGUGGCCACCUAUGUCAAACCUGAAUACACUACCAAGUGCAUAUGGGGACAGAAAUGCCCUGUGGUCAUGUAUCGGACACUCUUCAAACCGCAGUAUAAAAUCGGUCAUAAAACCAUCACUGAACUAGAGUGGCGUUGUUGCCCGGGUUACUCUGGAGAGAACUGCAUUGACAGGCCAACCUCCAUCCCUAAUGGCAUGAUGCCUCCCUUCACAGGCUCUCUCCCUUGGCCUGGGAUGAAGGGUUACCCCCGGGGUUACCCUAAGAUACCCUCUGAUCCUAGACUCAUUCCUGUAUCUGGCCUGGAUCCUGGAAAACCUUUUCCUGGAGGUCAAACCGACAAUAAUCCCAUCCCUAGUGGAUAUGUUCCACCUGAAAAUCCCAAUACAAGUUAUGGUCCUAAGGCAGGAGUCACUGUUGAGCGCCUAGAUCGCAUUGAGGAGAACCUUCGCAAACUCUCUCAAAGUCUGGACAUCUUGAACGGCCUAGUGGUUGGUAUGGAAGAGCGUCUACGUGUCUCUCUUCGAGAGGACACAAAAAAGAUGCUGGCCUCUAUGCUCAGUGGCGCCCCCCGGCUCCUGGAUACCUCUGUGGGUUUUGGGCUGAUCCCAGAAGGCGCACCAAAUGGCUUAGAUGGUGAUGAGAACCUCCCUGGCUUUGGAGAAUUGGUUGGGAGAGUGAUGGAGGUCAAAGAUGAUCUCAAAGUCAAGAGUGACAUACUGGAUGAGAUCCGUGGCAUGGUGAUGGGACACGAUGGCCAGCUAAAGAGGCUGAUGGAUGGCGCCACAGGGAGACCUGUACCUGGAUCAGACCAGGGACAUCUGGAAGAACUUUUGGAUGCCAGGCUGGCUGGAGUGAGGGCAGAGGUUCUUGACGGCUUUGAGAGGAGAUUGUCAGGUCUGGAGAACCACUGUGAUGAGAGAAUUAGCCAGGUCCAGCAGCAGUGUCAUAAGGAGCAUCUAACAGGUCAAGAGCAGAUCCAACAGUCACUGGAUGGCCAUGAGAUGGGCCUUAGGAAAGAGCUGGGUGAGCUGCAGGCACAGAUCCAAGGUCUGACCGUGACUGAGAGCUGCUGUGGCAAAAUAAAUAGCCUAACCCAGCAGAUGUUUCUGCUGGAGGAGUCAGUUACAGGCCUCACUGAGUCCCAGAGGCAGUUACAAGUGGACCUGACUGACCAGACCCUCCAUAUAGAGACCUUAUUGGAAACCCGGCUGGUGGACAUGGAGGGCAGGAUUAAUGGCUCUGAACAUGGUGAACACGAUGAGAUUGGACCUGGCUUCAGCUCCCUUGAUGGGUUUAAGACCUUGUUGGAUGAUAAGCUAAAGACACUGGAGCGACGUCUGUUUGUGGCGGUAGAGGAGUUGAGCAAUGCCACAGCCCCAGCGCUGCUGGAGGGGCAAGUGGUGCCAGCACUAGAGACAGAGAUCGACAGUGUUCGGAGAAGGGUUGAGGCGGAUUUGGAUGGAAUGCAAAAGCAGAUGUCGGUCCUUGAGCUCCUCUGCACCUCUGCUUGCUCCCCUGCUUCUAGCCCCGAUACAGCCCUCAUCCAGACCAGGGUAGAGGACUGGAAAGAAACCGAGAAGAUGGUGAUGAAUCGUCUGGAUGUACAAUCAAACAAGCUGGACCAUCUCAACAGCACCUUGCAGGGUCUCCUAACGCAACUUUCCCAAGAGGACACACAGGGCUCCAUCCAGGGGGAAAUCACACUCCUGAAGAUCAACGUCAACUCAGUCAAUCGUACCUUGAAAGGACUACGUGAUUCGGUCAGCUUGUUUGCUCGGGAAGUGGGACAUGUUAAUUCCACUUGGCAGGAACGUGAAAACCGGUUGGUUACACAAGUCCAAGGCAUUUCGGAUCUCGUGGAGCACCAGACCUCUAUGCUUGGGGCUGGGGAGCGGAGGCUGAUCCAGCUCAAGGCAGAACUCCAGAGUUUGCGGCGAAGGUUAGCUGGGGAGCUACAAGGUUGUCAUACCACAACACUGGGAAUGCAACGGGAAGUAUUGGGAGUGGAAAGUCGAAUUACACAGGUAGAAGGACAGUGCGGAAGCCUCGGCGAGCUAGCUGAUGACCUUGAGAGAAUCCGUAGUGAACUAGAGAGACAUUCGGAUGCCUUCCUGGCACAGGUCAAUGGGACGCUGGUCAGCCACUCAGAGCAGCUGGUCCAACUGAAGGACGGUCUCAAAGACUGCUUGAGCAAGACGGGUCCCGCUGCACAGCGGGGUGAUAAUAAGUAAAAUGCCCUGUACAGAAACACCGCAAGGCCUGAGUUUGUACAAAUUGGCAAUAUUUUCGUCCCCUCAGCAGGGCAUUUCGUCUCUUAAUUCUUUGUUUUAAGCAUAUUUUAAGCUGUUUUACAUUUUUAACUUAUAUGAAGACAGCUUGACUGCAUUAUUAAAUGUAUUUGAUGAUUUAUUAAAUGAAAUAACAAAUAUGCAUAAAACAGAAAGCGAAUGUUACAACACUACUAAGCUGCUACGGGUUUCUACUGGCAGGUAUUGUCCACUACCUUCUCAUCUCAAAAACAUCAGUCAUCUCCUGAUUUAAUUAUUGUAUUAUAACACAAACAUGCUACAUUUUUUUUUUUUUUUAAUAAAUGUUUGUUGUGUGUGAAAGAGUUUGUUUAAAAUAUUUUUGUCUCAUUAUCGAAAUGCUGUUUUCUAAGAGAUUAUAAUUUUUCAUGAAUAAAAGUGGGUUGUGUGAAAGAAAUAAAAAAAGUUUGU